GGCCGCUACACACACUUUCGUAUUUAUCGGGAGAAGAAGGGGAGGAAAGGCUACGGACGGUACAUUCGGGCCAGUGCGUUCCGAGAUUUCGUGGUGAAAGGACAUCGUAAGCCAAGUGGCCGAUCGUAAGCCUUUAUUCUCGGUUUUAUUUCCUUUCUCUAGCUUACACCGAACAGCCGCCGGUUGCGCACACGGCUCCUCUUCGUUUCUUCGAUCUAGCGUUUAUCUUCGCGUCACGUGAUUCGAAAAGGAGCGCGAUAUCAGGAAAUCUAUCGCGCACCAACGAGUCCCGACAUGGCUUCGACAAUCAAGCUGCUGCUGGUCGCCUGCGCCUUCCUCGUUUACGCUGUUAUGGCAGAAUCGGAAGAAGGACAGACUGCAAGAUCUCGAGUCUCCGACGAGCAACUAAAUAUGGCCCUGAGCGACCAACGUUACUUGAGGAGACAACUCAAGUGCGCGUUGGGCGAAGCUCCUUGUGAUCCUGUAGGAAGACGUUUGAAAAGUUUAGCACCACUGGUUUUGAGAGGCUCCUGCCCGCAAUGUAGCCCCGAGGAAACACGACAGAUCAAGAAGGUCCUUUCACACAUUCAACGGACCUAUCCAAAGGAGUGGUCGAAGAUAGUGCAGCAAUAUGCCGGAGUUUCGUAAGACGUUGGGAUAAUGGAAGCAGCUGAAGGGAAAACUGGGAUGGUGGAUACGUCGAUAAAAAAAGAAAAGAUAAAGUACGGAAAGCAGGAAAGCGGCGAUCUGCCUACAAUAGCCGUUUAAACCAUCGUUCAAUUGUUUUAUUCCGUACGUUAGAGAAAGGUACGAUCGUAUUCACACCGAGUUCUUACAGCACGCGUUAUAUCCAACACCUGUUCAUCUUCCUUAAUGAACACGUUUACUAUCGUUGAUCGUUAACAUAGCGUUACACACAUAAGGAGUAUUUUAUACACACCGAGACAAUCGUAUUAUAUACCGCAAUAAAGUUUGUUUUCCAAAA